AUGCUUUCCGGCCUCAAAAAACAUGUGGUGUCUAAAGAUAACAACAAAGCCAAGGACCUUCGUGGGGAAACUGAAUAUAUGACUGGCGCCUCUGGCCUCACAACAGAUUUUGGCGUCAAAAUAGCAGACGACGAUAAUUGGUUGAGGUUGUCCAACGCCGAAGACAUUGGUCCAUCAUUGCUAGAAGAUCAUAUUGGCAGGGAGAAGAUUCAUCGCUUCGAUCAUGAGCGCAUUCCUGAACGGGUUAUUCAUGCUCGAGGCGCUGGUGCUCAUGGUCAUUUUCGUGUUUUCGACAACCGAGCUGCAAAGUGGACUUCGGCACCUGUGUUGACAGACCCUGCUCGUACAACCCCUAUUUUCGUUAGGUUCAGCACCGUCCAGGGUUCUCGUGGCAGUGCGGAUAGCGUUCGUGACGUGCGAGGUUUUGCGGUCAAGUUCUACACUGAGGAAGGGAAUUGGGACCUUGUGGGCAACGACAUCCCUGUCUUCUUUAUUCAGGACGCCAUCAAGUUUCCAGAUCUUGUCCACGCCGUCAAACCGGAACCUCACAACGAGGUGCCCCAAGCUCAGAGCGCCCACAACAAUUUUUGGGAUUAUGCUGGACUGCAACCUGAGUCGGCUCAUAUGAUUAUGUGGGUCAUGUCCGAUAGAGGUAUACCUCGGUCAUACCGGAUGAUGCAGGGCUUUGGCGUCAACACGUACACCCUCAUCAAUGCGGAAAACAAACGAGUUUUUGUCAAAUUUCAUAUGACACCCGAGCUUGGUGUCCAUAGCUUUGUAUGGGAUGAAGCUUUGAAACUAGCUGGUCAGGAUCCUGACUUUCACCGAAAGGAUUUGAACGAAGCUAUCGAAAGUGGGUGCCAUCCGAAAUGGACACUGGGUAUACAAGUUAUUGAGGAAAAAGACGAACAUUCAUUUGACUUCGACAUUCUUGAUGCAACAAAGAUAUGGCCGGAAUCACUCGUCCCUGUUCAACCCAUUGGCGAAUUUUGUCUUGACCGAGUUGUUGAAGAGUACUUCCCUCAAACCGAGCAAGUGGCGUUUUGCACGAGUCAUGUUGUUCCUGGUAUAGGUUUCAGUGACGACCCUCUUCUCCAAGGCCGCAAUUUCUCAUACUUUGAUACCCAAAUUACUAGGCUGGGUAUCAAUUGGCAAGAGCUUCCCAUCAAUCGCCCCAUAUGCCCUGUUAUGAACCAUCAUCGCGAUGGCUCUUCUCGGCACCGUAUCACUCCAGGUUCUAUCAAUUAUUGGCCCAAUCGAGAGAAUAUAGGACACCCAGUGUCGCCUCUCCAAGGAGGUUACGCAGAGUUCAACCAGAGGGUAGAAGGCAUCAAGCAACGCGCCCGUGGUGCAAAGUUCCAGGAGCAUUACAAUCAGGCCCAAUUGUUUUACAAUUCUCUUUCCGACUAUGAGAAGAGUCACCUUGUAGCUGCCUUGUCCUUCGAAUUGGGGCACUGCGAUGACCACCGUGUCUAUGAGGGGUACACCAAGCUUCUCAACAACAUCGAUUUCGACUUAGCGAAGACUGUUGCGGAGAAGGUGAAUGGCGUAGUACCCAACAAGCCGCUGCGCGUCAACGAUGGCAAGACAGAGUCCACCCUUUCGCAGACUCAUUUCGCAUCCAAAAAACCCACCAUCGCGACUAGGCGUGUCGCCAUUCUCAUCGCCGAUGGGUUCAAUAUGGUCGAAGUUGAAGCCGUUCGCGCUGCUCUGAAAAGUGCGAAGGCCACUUCUUGGAUCAUCGGUCCGAGGCGCGGUAAGAUUUCUUCGAAGGGAACUAUCGUUUCAGGUGCCGGGAUAGUUGCCGACCAUUACUUUGAAGACCAAAGGUCCACGAUGUUUGAUGCUUUAUACAUUCCUUCUGGGCCUGAGCAUGUUAAGUCACUCAUGGUUAACGGGCGUGUCGUUCAUUGGAUUCGCGAGGCCUUUGGACACUGCAAAGUUAUUGGUGCCAUCGGCGAAGCUGUUGCGGCUUUGAACCACGCCCUCGAAAUUCCCGAACUUCAAUUAUCGAAGUCAGAGACAGACCACGUUGUGUCUUCCUAUGGUGUAGUUACUGCUGGGAAGUACGAUGUCGCAUCGGCAGCGGUGGACGUUCUUAAAAUUGCUCCCGGCCCCAAGGGUUUUGUUUCGAAUUUUGCGUAUGAGAUGAGCAAACAUAGGUGCUAUGCGCGUGAACUCGACGGUUUGACGAGUCAGGUUGCAUACUAA